AGAAGAUAAGUAAACGACGGGGCAGAAUGGCUCUCCAGAUGACCGAUAUGCUGUACGAAAAUCCGCUGGAUCACUUCCUGACGCUGUUUGUGGAUUUUUUUAUAUUCUUCUUCAAAUCGAUCUACUAUACGCUGGAAACCUGUCUGCUAACCUGCAUUCCGUAUCGAUUCCGGAAGGUGAAGGAUGUCUCCGGACAAGUGGUACUAAUUACCGGAGGAGGCGGUGGUGUUGGACGACAUCUAGCGUUGAACUUUGCACGACUCCGGACGCGAGUAGUGAUUUGGGAUAUUAAUAAAGAUGCUCUGAAAGGCACCGCCGACGAGUUGGAAGCCGAGGGUUACUACUGCCACACCUAUCUGGUGGACAUCUCCGAUCGGGAGCAGGUCUACGAGCUGGCCAAGAAGGUCAAGCAGGAGGUAGGCGACGUCGACAUCCUCAUUAACAAUGCCGGAAUCGUCGCCUGCCGGACGCUGUGGGACCUGUCGGACAAAGCCAUCGAGAGCACCUAUGCGGUUAAUAUUCUUUCGCACUACUGGACCACGAGGGCUUUCCUGCCGGAAAUGAUGAACGCCAACAGGGGACACAUUGUCACCGUCGGAUCCGUCGCUGGACUGCUCGGAACGUACGGCUGUACUGAUUACAGUGCCACCAAAUUUGCGUGCGUCGGAUUCCACGAAGCGCUGUACACUGAACUGAAGACCCACGGCUACGACAACAUCCACCUGACGCUGGUCUGUCCGUACUACAUCAACACCGGGAUGUUUGCCGGCUGCAAACCCCGACUGUUGCCAAUGUUGGAACCGAAGUACGUCGCCGACAGCAUGGUCAAGUCGAUCCUGAAGAACGAAGUCAACUGCACCUUGCCGGACAACGUACGCGUCUUCUUGCCCCUGAAGUGCCUCCUCCCGGCCAAGGUCUGCUGGGAGCUGAUGAACCGCAUCAUGAAAGGUCCUCAAACGAUGAUGGGAUUCCGGGGACGAGGCAAGGCCACUGCUGGCUGAGCCCUGGCCGCACAU